AUGGCCAACAAACCUAGUGUAGAAUGGUUUCUUUCCAAAGCCAACCUCAAUCCUCCUCCACGUCUUUCCCGUCUCACCAUACCCGCAUACCAAGAUUUCCUUCACUUCGAUCCCCCAAAUCGUGACACGGCACACAACCUCCUUGUCCAAGCAAGAAAAUGCUCUCCCAACUACAAACCUCCUGAAAGCCAAGCGUGGCACCAUCUUCGCACGAGAUCACAAAAGGCCGCAGUGUGCAAUGAUUUGAAUUGGACUUUCACAAAGCAUGAAAUUGCCACAGUCUUUGACAAGUUGCUUAGCCAAUCUACACUUCCUCCCGCCGGAGUCGCCCAGGCGUUACUGAUGCGAGCUCGUUUAUCUUCAAUGGAUGAACUCUGGGGACACCUUCUUGACGAAUCGCUUGAGAGGAAGUUGAGAAACAAACAACUGAGUUCGGACUUCAUUGAGUUUGAAGCAACUACAACCAGAAUGACGUGGUUGGACAAAGUUGUGUCCCUUGACAAUAUUAACUACAUUCACCUCGUUUGUCAAAUGAAAGUCAGUCAAGUCGUUCUGGACAGGGCACUUGACAUCGCGUUAUCCAAACCGCCGUUACGGGUGAUGAAACUGCUCCUCACUUUCGGAGCGGUUGCAUCAAGUUACGUGGAGACCAUAGACAUCCACAUCCAAGCUCGGAAUAUGGAGUUUAUAGAACUGUUGUUAUCAGCUCCUAACUCCAUGGGUAUUGACACCUGGGAGGAAUGCCUCCGUCGAGAGAUUCUUAGGGCUACAAAUGGAGGGACAAUUUCUGUAUCAUUCCUCCUCCUGCUUCUGGCAAAUCGUCUGGAACUCGUAUCUCCCUCAUUACUACUGAGCACUCUCAGACUGGAGAAUCAUCAAGCUACAGCAAUUGUCAUGGCUUAUUCACGCUCAACCCAAAUGUUUUUCAACAUCCGUCACCAAGCCUUUGACCUAGUAUCUUGUUACCAAAGUAACAACAAGCGACAGGCCUUCUUUACACUUUUAUCUGAUUGCGAACUCAUUGAAGAUAGCUUGCUAGCUCGCAAGGAGGUCUUCGAGGGCGUAAAGGCCCGUGACAUACCGCUAGUCAAGCUCUUGGUGGGAGCUGGUGUGACGGUGGAUGAACCGUCAUACAAUGCUUUACAAUGGGCUGUUUCUCAGAUGGACUUUGAGAUGAUAGAGAUUCUAGCAGGUGGGACCUUUGCAUGCUAUCCUAAUCAUGCGUUGGCCCGUAUACCAGAGAAUGCCACAGAACAGGAUAUGAGUCACAUCAGGGCAAUAUAUCGGUCAGUGGAUCUAAGACGACAAUCUCUCGACGAAGACGGUAUGGACUAUAUGGACUUUACAUAG